GAGUCGAUGAAGCACGUAUAUCCAUACUUGGGAUUCAUUCCCCAGCAACCUCGGAGUCUGCUGCAACCUCCCAACCGUCGCCAUCCCCGCUUGAGACCCUGAUCUCACUCGGGAACGUAUCUCCCGAGGCCUCAGCGGGCCGCCGGAAGAACCCCAUGAACAUGAAUCUGGACGACGAAGAGAAGAAACUCUUGUCAGGCCUUGUAAAUGUCUCUGACAUACACACAACCUUUGAUGAUGUAAUUGCGCCGCCUGACGUUCGAGAUUCGCUGGUCGCGUUGACAACUCUUUCUCUUCAACAUCCCAGAGCCUUCUCUUACGGAGUACUGGCUCGCGAACGUAUACAUGGCGCACUGCUGUACGGACCCCCAGGAACAGGCAAAACACUAAUGGCAAAGGCCCUCGCCAAGGGGAGCGGAGCAAACAUGUUGGAAAUAUCUGCGGCCUCGAUCAACGAUAUGUGGGUAGGAAACAGCGAGAAGAAUGUUCGCGCUGUCUUCUCCCUCGCCCGGAAGAUGUCGCCAAUGGUAGUGUUUCUCGACGAGGCCGACUCCCUCCUAGGCUCACGGGCAAGACAGCCAAACAGAGGUGGUUACAGGGAGACUAUCAACCAGUUCCUGCGGGAAUGGGAUGGGCUCACAAACUCGAUCAAUACGCAGCAAAUUUUCAUCCUUGUGUCAACAAACAGGCCACAAGACAUGGAUGAGGCCGUCCUCCGGCGACUGCCGAGGAGGAUAUUGGUAGAUUUGCCUCUCAAGGACUCGAGACUUGCCAUCCUACAGUCUCUCCUCCGUGACGAGGCCCUUGACGACUCAGUGUCGCUGGACAAGCUAGCGACCGAUACGGAGCUGUACAGCGGCUCUGAUCUUAAAAACCUGGCGGUAGCUGCGGCAAUGGAGGCGGCAAAGGAGGAGCUCGCUGCUAAGAACAACCACACCGGACCGGACCCCUACACGUUUCCAGAGAAGCGUGUGUUAACGAAGCGGCACUUUGACAAGGCCGUCAAGGACAUCACCGCCAGCAUCUCGGAAGACAUGCAGAGCUUGAAAGCCCUGCGGAAGUUUGAUGAGCAGUAUGGCGAUGCGAGGCGGAAGAAGAAGAAGAGUCACAUUGGGUUCGAGGUGGUACCAAGUGUGGUCAGCUCAGAGACGGCCCGAGUGAGAACUAGAUGACGAGGGACAAUCCACACACAAACAAAUAUACUUGAAAGACCAAGACUAGAGAUGGAACGAAAUAAAAAUUCAGCAUCCCCAG